AUGACUGGCUCAGAAGGCUCUUCCAAAACCAAACCCACUUAUAAAAUUUUUGGCAUCACAAACAUAAAGUCAUAUGUCCCUCUUCUACUUGAUCUUGAUCACAUGAAUUAUGAUUCAUGGAAAGAAUUAUUCAAGACCCAUUGCAUUGUGUAUUCCGUCUAUGGUCAUCUUGAUGGUUUAUUUCUCAAAGCCGAUGAACCUCCGUGGGAAGAAGUUGAUAAUAUUGUAAAACAAUGGAUGUAUGGCACUCUCACUCAGCCUCUCCUUCAAACCAUUCUCAAACCUGAUGCUACAGCAGCCCAAGUCUGGAAGUUUAUUGAAGAUAUUUUCCUUGAAAACAAAGAAUCCAAAGCCAUAGAACUUGAUGAUGAACUUCGUUCAAUUACUAUUGGUGACUCAAAGAUCGUUUAA